AUGUCUACCACCGAAUUUAUUACUCAAGAACAAUUAGCUUUUGAUUAUGAAGUAACAGAAGUUAAAAACUGGUGGAAUAGUGAACGGUUUCGUCUCGUAAAACGUCCAUAUACAGCCGAACAGAUAGUUUCCAAACGAGGUCUUCUUAAACAACAAUAUGCUUCUGAUACUCAAUCUAAAAAACUUUGGGCAUUAUUAAAAAAUCAUCAGAGGAAUAAGACGGCUUCUCAUACUUUUGGAGCUUUGGAUCCUAUUCAAGUAACACAAAUGGCUAAAUAUCUUGAAACAGUUUAUGUUUCGGGUUGGCAAUGUUCUUCGACGGCUUCAACCACAAAUGAACCGGGACCAGAUCUUGCAGAUUAUCCUAUGGAUACUGUUCCCAAAAAAGUUGAACACUUAUUUUUUGCUCAAUUAUUUCAUGAUCGAAAACAACGUGAAGCAAGAUUUAGUGUUUCAAAAGAGGCUAGAGCAAAAAUUCCAUUUGUUGAUUAUUUAAGACCAAUUAUUGCGGAUGCUGAUACAGGACAUGGAGGUAUCACUGCCACAUUAAAGCUUAGCAAAAUGUUUGUUGAACGUGGCGCUGCAGGAAUACACGUUGAAGACCAAGCGCCAGGUACAAAGAAAUGUGGACAUAUGGCGGGCAAAGUUUUAGUUCCUAUUUCCGAGCAUAUUAAUCGAUUAAUUGCCAUUCGUGUUCAAUUUGAUAUUAUGGGAGUUGAAAAUUUAAUUGUGGCACGAUCUGAUUCCGAAGCCGCAACAUUAAUCUCUUCUAACAUUGACAGCCGUGAUCAUCCAUUCAUUAUUGGGGUGACAAAUCCUGCAAGUAUUAAUCCAUUAGUAGAAGUUUUAGAUCAAGCUCAAGCGAAAAAUCUGACUGGUGAUGAACUUUCAAAAAUUGAAGAAGAUUGGAUGAAAGGGGCUAAUUUAAAAACUUAUCCUCAAGCUGUGUCUGAUGUAAUUAAAAAUUCCAAUAAAUCAAAUAAGGAACAACUUUUAAGAGAAUGGGACAAUAAAGCAAAUAGUUUAUCACAUAAAGAUGCUAAAAAACUUGCAAAAUCAUUGGGAUUUGAAAUAUUUUUCGAUUGGGAUUUGCCACGUACUCGAGAAGGAUAUUAUCGAUACCAAGGUGGAACUAAAUGUGCUAUCAAUCGUGCGGUUGCAUUUGCACCUUACGCCGAUCUUUUAUGGAUGGAAACGAAAAGUCCAAUUUAUGAACAAGCCAAAGAAUUUUCUGAAGGAGUAUUAUCAAAACAUCCGGAAGUUUUGUUGGCUUAUAAUUUAUCUCCAAGUUUCAAUUGGGAUGCUGCUGGUAUGAAUGACCAACAAAUUCGUGACUUUAUUUGGGCUUUAGGUAAACUUGGAUUUGUGUGGCAAUUCGUCACUUUGGAUGGUAUGUUGGCUUACGUUAAAGAUAUCCAACGUAAAGAGCGUGAUAAUAAUGUUGAAACAUUACAUCAUCAAACUUGGUCUGGUGCUAAUUAUUAUGAUUCUCUGAGAGGUAUCGCUUCAACUGCGGCUAUGGGUAAAGGAGUAACUGAAACUCAAUUCAAGAAGGCGAUCGCAGUGGUUAUUGGAUGGAUAUUUUUUGCAUAUUUAGCUUAUAAAAUAUCUACAGUUAAAAUUAAUGUAGAAAUAUGGGAUCCAUAUGAAGAACUCAGUAGAAUAUGGCAUCCAGAUAAAGCACCAACAGGAAAAGAAAUUGAAUAUGAAGAAAAAUUUAUUGAUUUUACAAAGGCUUAUAAAGUACUUACUGAUGAGGAUACUCGAAAGAAUUAUGAAGAAUGGGGACAUCCGGAUGGUAAACAAGCAUAUUCUUUGGGUAUUGCUUUACCUACUUGGUUGGUAGAAGCUAAAAAUAGUCCAUUCGUACUUGAUGGAAUUAGAACUCAUACGAUGGAAUUAUAUUUUAAAGAAUUAAAAGAUUCAUCUAGUAUAAAACAAAUAUUAGAAUUACUUUCUGCUUCAAUUGAAUAUUUGGAAUUGGUUGAACAACGACCUUCAGAUCAUACAAGAUUAUUGCCAGUGAUUAAUUCUAUUAAAGAAAAUUUGGAUAAAAGAUUCGGUGAAAAAUAUGAAAAAAGCAAAAGGUAUACAUCACCUUAUUGUCAAAAAGCAAAUGCUAUGAUAUAUGCUCAUUUAUUAAGAAUAGAUAUUGAUGAUAAAUUGUUGAUUAAAGAUAAAUAUUUUAUUAUUGAACGUGCAAUUCAUCUUAUUAAUGGAAUUCUUGAGAUCGCAUUAGCACAUAAUUGGUUAAAAACAAGUAUUCGUUGUAUGGAAGUUUCUCAAUUAUUAGUACAAGCUAUGUGGAUUCACGAUAAUCAAUUUGUUCAAUUACCUUAUGUGACUAAUGAUGUAUUAAAAUCUAUGAGAAUAAAAAAGAAAGUUAUAAGAAAUAUUGCACAGAGCGCAUUAAAACUUUCGAAUCCGUUAGAAUAUGAUUCUAUUAUGCGUGUUGCUGAAUUAUAUCCUAUCAUACGACUUGAGGAUGCAUAUUUUAAAGAAUCAAGUCCACUUGUACAUGCUCCUUAUUUAUCAAAAGAUAAAAAACCUUAUUGGUGGAUUUUUAUGGCUGAUGAUAAAAAAGAUAGAGUUUUAACUGAACCUAUUAAAAUUAGUGAUAUCGUGGUCACGUCUACAAAAAUAGUUAAAUUUCAAUUUCAAGCUCCCCCCGAACCCGGAUUUUAUUCUUAUGUUGUUUAUAUCAUGAAUGAUUCUUACCUUGUUGUAAAAGAUUCAUCAGCACUUCCACCGGAUGAAGAUAUUGAUGAUGAAAUAUCAGAACCUGAAGAAGAUUCGAUUGCUGGUCAAAUGAAAUUAAUGAGAGAACAAGGAUUUGCUGCCUCCUUACACUUGGAACCUGUUGAAAUUUAUAUUAAAAAAUGUAUUAAAUAUGUUGCUUGUCCAUGGAAUAAUGUUAAUGAAUCUACCAUUAAAAAUUGUUGGCAAAAGACAGGUAUUUUACCUGAAGUAGAUACAGAUGAAUUUAAUUUGGAUUAUACUGUAGAUGAAAUGGGACAUAGUGCUAAUGAAUUUAUUCAUUAUGAUGAUACAGAAGUUAUUAUAGAAAUAAGAACUAAUGAUGAAAUUCUAGCUACAGUUCUUCCUAAUAAAGAAGAUGAAACAAAAGAAAUAGAAGAAAAUCCAGAUUCUUUGUCAAUUAUUACUCAUAAUGAAGCUAUUGAAUUAUAUGAUAAAAUAAUUUUAUAUUUAGAACAACAGGAGGAAAGUUUUGAUACAACAAAAGAAAUCAAAUAUGUAAAAAAAUUAAAAAAAGAAGCUAUAAGACAACACUUUUUUUCAAUGACACAAAGUAAUCUUGAUAGUUUUAUUGAAGAUAUUUCUUAA